AAAUUACGUAUAAUUGAUUGCAUAUAUUAGAGACGAUCUUACGAAUGCACGUACGAAUUUACGCGUGUCGUGUAUAUUUAGGCAUAGAUAUACAUAAAAUAACACUCUCGACGCUCGUAGGAUACCAUAUCGGGUACCUUGUUGACCUCGCUUCUUUUCUCUGUCUUUCGUUCUUGUUCUUGUUCUCGUUCUCUUUCGUGUACGAAUACGCUAAGUAUGUAUAUGUUCAUCGAUCUGCUCUCCUCUCUUCCCACGUCUUUCAAUACCGACAAAAGAAGUUUCGACCAUCGUCAAUGUCGUUUCUCGUCGCCGCUGUUCGUCGCCGAAAAGAGAAUUCCAUACGAACUACGGACACGUCAUGUUUGCGAUUCGAAUCAACACGACAAAAGAUCGUAAUCGACGAAUGCGUCGAUAUUUCGGCAAAAAAUAAGGCGUAUAUCGACAGAGGCCAUCUCGAAAUCUCCAUGUAUAGACUCUUGUACGUUAGAGAUAUCCUGAAUCUUUUUGAUUCAUACGACCUCGUAACAACUACCUACGGAAAACGAUCAACGAAAUCAUCCAUGAUUGAUUAUUUAUUCUACGAGGAUGAGACGAAUGUUAAAAAUAUUACUCGCGAAACAGUAAGCGAUCGAUGCAAUUUAUCGAUUAUCGACAAUUUGUGGAAUCGAUACACGUAUUUUUAUUUUGCGUUCCAAUAUCGAUAAUAAUAAAAACCUUUUAAUUAA